UUGCAGUAGGAGAUUACAAUGUGUGAUCAGAGUGAGCCCUCUACCAGGGAAGUGGUUGGGACUGCAGUAACAGUAGCAGCAGAUUCGCAGGCGACAACAUUCACAUCACCAGCUUCCAGCCAGAACCUAGUCCCAGAUUUCCUCACCUCCUCCACAAGUGUUGAAUGGACCGACCCACUAUCUGAGGGGGGUUUUGGAGACGUACUACAGUCAGCUCAGGACGACCCGUCCGGUCGAAACCUCUUCUCGGAGCUCUGCGGUGGUCCGCAACAGCUCUCCGCCGACCAAGUCGAAAAAUUCCUCAACGAGACCAAUUCUUCAACCGCCCAAUAUGUGGACAGCACUCUGGACCCUUCUAUUGAAGAGAGCAUCAACUCUAUGCUCCGAGACAAUGAUCCUAUGUUAACCUCCACCUCUGUUGACAACUUUAAACUUGAUAUUGGAGUUUUUGAUAAUCCCAGUGACGGACUGAGCCUUGUAAAUCCGGAGAUUACCACAGACAUUAAUCCGGACACAUUCCUCAAAGAUUUAAACGACGCCGGUAGCUCGUCGCAAACGGAGAACAAAAUGGAGCCCAUGCCAACGCGGCGCUCGCCGAGAGUUGCGGGAAUCGCUCCAACAACUGUAACGGAAAACGAGACGAAAGCGCAAGGGGAUACGGCGCAGAAGAAAGACGUGGAGCCUCGAAGUCUUCGGAGAAGCUCGCGAAUCCAGCGGAAAGACGACAGCGGUGACAGCGCUACGCCUUCGCCAAGAACGAGAGGAAGAGCGGCAAAGGCGUCUCCACAAGUUCAGAAAACGCCCCCCACGGCAAGAAGAACUCGCGCUUCCGCUCUAAAGGCGCAAUCUGAACCGGCAUCCACGGGAACAGACACAGCGACAACCGUUGAGGAAAGUUUUCCCUCGCCACCUAGAACCAGACGACAGGCUGCAGCGAAAAUACCUCCCGCCAAGAAGACCACGAUAACCCCUAAAAGAGCCGCGGCGCUCCUGCAGAAAGCAGCCAGCGCAACAGUUGUAAAGAAACCACUGCCGCCUGCCAAGGAGAUAGCUCCAACACCUAAAGAAUCACCUUCUGUAUCCAAGAAAGCUGAAGUCCCUCCCCCAGAUACUUCUGCUGAAAAGUCUGAAGAGGUAUCCCUGGAAACCCCAAGUAGGCCUCAGAAGGCAGCAGAAACAAGUCAAGAAACCCCAAUCACACCCCAACCGACCCAGGAUGUGUUGCAUGAAAGCCCACAAGUUGCUACAAAAACCCAGGUUGCCCAAAGCACAACCCAGGUUACCCCUAGCAAAACCCAGACUACCCCAAGCUUGACCAAGGAGACCCCAGUUAAAGAAGUGGAGAAGUCAAAUGAUGCCCCCUUGCAGAAAACAGCUGCAUUGCAGGAGCCAGAAACACCUGUAGAAACAACAGCUGUAUCUAAGGAAGGUGAUGAAGGAAAGGAAGAAACAGACUCCAGCCCAAAUAACACCAGAAAGUCUACAAGAAUCCAAGUCAAGGAAAAAGAAGAAGCAGAAAGAGUGGAGUUAGAUCGCGUGCGAAUGUUAGACCACGAUUACGCCCAACCAGUCGCUGAAAAGCGUGCUGCAAAACGGAAGGGUGGAAAAUCCGCAGAUGAGGACGAUAUCCCAAGCAGCAGUAAUGAACAAGAAGCACCAGAACUCCAACCUGACUCCAAGGAAGACUCGGAGCCUAAAACUCCCACUCCGAAAAGAGGGACGAGGAAGAAAGGAGCAAAGAAAGCCGACGAGGAGAAAAAAGAACAAGAAUCGAGUGAAGAAAUGAAAGGAGAGGCAGAAGAAGAGAAAGAUGGGGAGAAAGAAGGAAAAAAGAAGACUACUCCUGCUAAGAAACAACAAGAAAAGACGCCCAAACGAUCAGCAACAACUAAAAAAGUUACGCCUAUGAAAUCCCCAAAAGAGACUCCGCCCUCGGCUAAAAAGGCCAAACGAAAGUCGGAAGUUUCUGAAUCAGAAGAAGAAGACCUUCCGCUGAAAAGACUCAUGGAAGAAAUGCACAAAGAAAAGGCCCAAGAAGUCAUCGCGAGACAACAGAAGAAGAAACCGGAAAGAAAGCGAAGAAAAUCGUCGGUCCAAAUUGUCGAGGUGGAAGAACCCAUCCUCUUCACACCUGACAACGCCGCGCCAACGGUAAAGGAAGAUGAGGUCAAAGCUCACGGAAAGAAAGAUGGAGGAAGCGAAGAAGAGACUACUCAGAACAAAGAAGGGCAAAAACCUAAGGAUGUAAAAGUUGUUAAAGUGGAGAAGCCUUCUACUAGUACAAAGGAGGACAGAAGGAAGUCACUAGACAAGGAGGAAACGAAGAAAGUACAUGUAGCCAAGGAGAAGGAAAGACAGAGGAAGGAUUCUGUCAAGUCUGAAAAGUCAGAUAAAGACCACCCAGGCGAUGAGUCGGGUGCAGAAAGUGAUGACUCUGGGAUGACCUACUCAGACGACCCCAAUGACAGUGACUGGGAGGAUGAGGACCCAGACAAGCUCUACUGUAUCUGCAGAAAACCUCACGGAAAAAGAUUCAUGAUCUGCUGUGACCGUUGUGAGGAGUGGUACCAUGGGGACUGUGUGGGCAUCACUAAGAAGGAGGGCAUACGGAUGGAAAAGAACAGUGAAGACUACGUCUGUCCUAAGUGUAAAGAAAAAGACGCUAAGGAGAAAGCUGAUGCAGUGUCCAAGCCCAAGGAAGAACAAGACAAAGAGGGAAGCGAUGACGCUUCAACCAGUAAAUCAGACAAGAAGAUGAAGACAAAAGAAGACCACUCCAAGACGGGCAAGCCAGCGAAGAAAGAACCCACCAAGAAGGGAGAAGAAGGAGGAGAGACUCUCAAGAGACAAAAGUCGAAGGAAGAGGAGAAGGAAUCGGAGAAGGAGAGUCCUACUGCGAAGAAAAAGAAGAUCAAGAUCUUUAAGGAGGCACUUAACAUCGCCUUUAGUAAGAAACUCACACCUAGGAGAGGUAGGCCCCGUGGAGGCCUUCUCGACUGCCUGGUCGAUGAUGUGAAGCUGUACUUCCAUCAGAAUGUCCAGACGGCGCCCUACAUGCUGAAAUGGCUGCGGGAACAGGCAGCAGACAAGAAGUACCACCCAAGACAGAAGUGUAUCGGUGCUGGUUGUACCAACUGGGCCCAGCGAGGGUCCGUGUACUGCAGUAACAACUGUAUCCUGUCUCAUGCACGGGAGUCGCUGAAACUCAUCAACAAGGAGAAACAGAAGUACGGUCUACUGGACUCGCCCGGCAAGAAGGACCCCAAGUCACCUCCUGUAGGUUUCAAACCUACAUCGUUCUACGCAAAGCCAGACUCCACCUCCCAUGGCCACGGCCACCAUAAGAAAGUCCCCACAUCUCCAGCCGCUACGUCUACAGAGAAGGGCAAGAAGGACCCAGAGAGAGUUGCUGUUAUUGAAAGGUCCACAGGCCGUUUGCUGGCAGGUCUGUCUGCCCCUACUGAAGAUAACCUGUCUCAGUGGUUAGAGACACACCCAACAUACGAGGUGCUGAGACCUGAGGUCAAGACUUACGGUAAAGAAGCAGAUAAAGGAAAGAAAGGCCAGUCAUCUAAACCCAUCGAGCUGGACCCGGUCAGGCUGAACGUACGACGGGCACUCAAGGACCUUCUAAAGGACAGACAAGACAAGUGUGAUACACUGAAGAAGAAGAGGUCCCCAGAAGACAUCAUGAAGAUUGCAUCAUCGAUAGAAACUGAGCUGCACAAACUUUACAACGACACGGGGACCAGAUACAAGUCCAAGUACCGCAGCCUCAUGUUCAACUUAAAGGAUGCCAGGAACACAACACUGUUUAAGAGGGUCCUGACAGGAGAAAUCCGGCCCCACAAACUGGUGAAGAUGUCACCAGAGGAGCUGGCCUGUAAAGAACUGGCACAGUGGAGGGACAGGGAGACCAAACAUACCCUUGAGAUGAUUGUGAAGAAAGAGCAGGAAGAUGCUCAGAUGGAGAAGCAUUUGACCAAGAAAACUCAUAAGGGAGAGAUUGAGAUAGAUGAUGAUCUUGGGGAGCUGAAAACUGAGAAAUCAGAUGAGAAAGAGGAGGUGUACCUGCCCCCAGCAGCAGAGACAGCGGAGGGUCCUGACGUCCUGUCCACCAUGUUAGUGGACACCACAGAACAACACAGAGCUCAUCUCUUCGACCUGAACUGUAAAAUCUGUACAGGCAGAAUGGCUCCUCCUACUGAUGAACAACCUGCCAAGAAAGUCAAGGUUGCUAAGACAGUGAUUGAGGCAUCCUCCACCACCAAACCUGAGGAGAGCAGUACCGGGGAGUCACCGGGACCAACUGUGGACACAACUACAGGAAGCCCAACUCCACCUCUUGUGCAGUCAGACACAGAGGAAAGUUCCCCCGACUCUGCCAUGCCUUCUCAGUCAGAGUUGUCAGCGUCAAAGGAGCCAUCAGUUUGGAAAGGGUUCAUCAAAAUGGAACAGCUGACGAAGUUUGUGACGCACGCCUACCCUGUGUCAGGCAGUAUGGAGGACAUACAGGAGGACUUGCCUGACACCAUCAUGAUUUCUGGGAGAAUCUCUCACAGCCAUAUCUGGGAGUACCUGGACAAGAUCAAAUCAAGUGGGAACAAGGAGAUCUCUAUAAUCCGGUUCCAGCCAGCUGUAGAUGAGGAGAAGGUUGGGUACAUCAUGCUGUACUCAUACUUCCACAGCAGACAGCGCUUUGGCGUGGUGGGGAACAACUCACGGCAGGUUAAGGACAUGUACCUGAUACCGCUGCCUUCUCACGAGGAGGUGCCCUACCAGCUCAAACCUUUCGAUGGACCAGGACUAGAGGAGCCGAGACCACACAUGCUGCUGGGUCUCAUCAUUCGGAACCGCUCGGCGAAGCGGUCGGCGAGUUCCAGCUCCGAGUCCACGCCGCUCCACGUGCCGAGCCCGAAACACCGACGCUACAGCGAGAUAUCCGGCACGCCUCCCUCUGCCUCCUCUCCCUCCGCGUCUGGGACUAAACACAGACACCAUCACCAUCAUCAUCAUCAUCACUCCAGGCGACAUGAGCACGAGAAAAAGAGAAAGAGUGAGGCAGCCACCCCAGUUCCUGCUAAGAAGGUGUACACGAUACCAGAACACGAGAUCAGCGAUCCAAUUGUCAAGCAGUAUGCAAAUGUGGACCCAUCGGCACUGAUCGCAAGAACGAGUCAGGAUGAGAUGGAGGAGAUGCCGUACUCCCCCGGCCAGGCCGCGCAGGAGGAGGAGGAGGAACAACCGUACGACCCCGGCGACGAAGACUUCUUACCCGUCGAGGAGGGCGUCGAAUCCCCCCCACCCCAGUCCCCGCCCGCACAGCACGACUCCGACUCUGACAGUGUGCUGGAGGCUGCGAUUGGCCAGUCCGACUCCAACGAAGCCAGUGCUAGCCAAUCGGAGCCGUCGUUAGAUAACAUCCUCAUGACGCCGCUAGGGGACAACCCAACGCUUUCAGAGCAGCAGAGGCUGUUAAUCGAGCUGACAAAACAAGUCGAGGAGCAGAAAAAACUCCUCCUCGAGCAACAAAAGAACUUAGAAAGCAUCUGUAGUGGGCCAAACAGUGCUACUGGUAGUCCUGUGGUGGAAUUUUCCACCUCCGGGGAUGCAAUAACUGUCUCAACUGUAGGAGAAAAUGUCCGAGGUACAGCUUCCCAAGUCCAGACCACUGCUGCUCCCACAAAAAUGGUCUCUUCCGCCACAACUUCGAGUACAAAAACUUCUGGUGCUGAGAAAAAGACUGGUACAGCUAGUGCUGCAUCCACUGAUGCAGACAGCAGCAAAGUGGAAGGGAGUGAUAGUCCAGAGCUGCCCAUGAUUCCAGGACUAGGCGGAGAUUUGACUCCGCCGGUAACAAUUCCAGGCCUCGGAGGCUCGGAUGCAGUAACUACAGCAGCAUCUGGUACUUCAGUGUAUUCAAGUGCGGUGCAAGGAAAGGUUGAGGAAAAGUCAUCAAAGGAGAAGGUAUCUGAGGCAGUGUCAAUGCAAGCAAGCAGUGGGGCACCCACGGUUUCGACGAGUGGUUCCUUCGAGAUCCCGGCGAACAUUUCCGAGCUGUUACAGAAGGUGAGCUCAAUCGUGAAACAGACGAGUCAGAGCCCUUCGACCACGGGGGUCACGCAACAGCCACUAGCGCAGCAGGCGACAAUUCCACAGGCUGGGCUGUCUGGAUACCUUCCCCAGAUGUCGCAGAUACCGAGUGCUGGCUUCCACCAGGCUCCCGGGCAAGCCACGCAAGCCGCCAUUGGACAACAGCAGGUCCCAGGUGCGGCACAGCCAAUGGGAAGCUUCGGUGGAACUUGGACAGCCAAUCAGAGCGCAGUACUGCCUCCACAGGGUGAAGGGCAAGUUCGACCUGCGGGCCAACCGGCGCCGGCUGUGGGCGAAAGACGUUCCGACGAAUCAGCUCGUGACCACAGCAGCCGGCCGCCCGGUCCUUUUCCAGGGUACGACCCUAGAAACGUGCAGAGGUUCGAGUAUAACAACGAGCAACACGGCCGGCAGGUUCGCCGGGAUUCGGGCGAGGACAGGGGCCACCACUCCAGUCGGGACAGGUGGCACGAUCGCGGCAGCAGGGACGAUCGGAGAGACAGUCGCCGCGACGACAGUCGCCACGACAACCACAGCAGAGAGGACCGCAGGGGGUCCCGGGACCAUGGCUAUGGUAGGGACAGAGACAGGGACAGGGAUAGAGAGCGAGAUCGGGACAGGGAUAGGCACAGGCAGGAUCGUAACAAUCGGGACAGAGGCGGCAGGGGGAGCCAGUGGCAGGACAGCCACAGGAGGAGAUAG